GUGAUGAAAAUUGUUCGGUCCUGAUUAUCUCUGUGUGUUGAGAAGUGAGAAGCAGCAUAGACGAAGGAGGAGAAGACAUGGAGAGUGCGAUAUGUGGGAGAUUAGCUCUCGCACCAAGCUCUCUCUUCAAUUCCAAAUCAGGGGACAAACAUUCUGUCUCAAAAGGACCAUGGGUGAACAAUCGUGGAGUUCUCAUGAUUAUGUCUGCAAUGGGCAAAGGAGGCGGUGUGUUGGACAAACCAAUUAUAGAGAAAACCACUCCUGGUCGCGAAUCCGAGUUUGAUCUGAGGAAAUCAAAGAAGAUGGCUCCACCGUACAGGGUGAUACUACACAACGACAACUUCAACAAAAGGGAAUACGUGGUCCAGGUGUUGAUGAAGGUCAUACCAGGCAUGACUGUAGACAACGCAGUCAACAUUAUGCAAGAAGCCCACAUCAAUGGUUUGGCUGUUGUGAUCGUCUGUGCUCAGGCCGACGCAGAGCAACACUGUAUGCAGCUGCGCGGUAACGGCCUUCUCAGUUCCGUUGAACCUGACGGUGGAGGCUGCUGAAUACUCUAGUUAAAAUUCGUAUAGAUUUUUCCACCUCCCAGGACUCUCUAUUUAGUUUAAAACAAAAAUGUCCUUUUAAUGUAUAUAAAUAUCAGAAAUUUGGUACAAGACUGUUUACUAUAUGCAAGGAACCUUUCCUUUAUAGAUGCUUUAUAAA